GUGCAAUCCUUCUCACCUUACCGUUCUCCCUCCUACCAGGUAUUUUCUAUCUAUCCCACUUGGCAGUAUAGAUAGCUGCACUAGUCCCGAGCCAACGACACGUAGCAACGGAUAUAUAUAUAUACACACACUCACACACUCACUCACUCACACACAUACAUACAUAUAUAUAUAUAUCACAUUAUUGCGACCAGAACCGUCAUUACUUGCCCAGAGAGAUAGACUCUGGCUACACAAUUCCAUAUUCUAACAACAACAACAACAACAACAACAACACCACCAAAAAAAUGGGUUCUUCCAAACGGGCACCGCCUCCGGCCCCUCUGUACACCACCGACCCUACCCACGGCCAGAUGAUGGCAUCACCAACCUCCUACGAAAGCCAGACACCCCGGACGGUUGGCGCAGGCCCCUCGAGCUCCCCUCGACACUGCCCGAGGACAGACUCCAUGGACUCUAAUGUGUCCACAAGCUCAACAGCCUCCCACCAGAACCGAAAAGUCUCCACACCCAGGAACGUGUAUACCCACUGUGGGAGACACUCCGACCAGUACCUAUUCGGCGGCUGGGGCGACGUCGUCAAGAACGUCUUUCACCACAGGAAGAACUGAGGGGCGGACAACAGGCUUGCCCGUCCUCGGUCGUGUUUUGGGUGGGGGUUAGUAGUACAUGGAAAGAAACAUAAUGCUUGUGGAUCUCGGAGGAGGUGGUGAAGACCGUGUCUCUCCCCUCUACGAGAAUGAUGAGAAUGAUGAGAAUCAAAAUAGGCAUGACGAAGGGAGGAAGGUGGGGGCGUUUUCUGGAGGGGUUGAGUUUAAACUUUGGCUUUGACCAAGACUGUAUGUAUCUUCUCAUCUUGGACGAAGGGCGUCGGGUGCAGAUUAUUCUAUUGUUAUGAGGUAACGAACUUUGUGAAGUUGGAAAACCCCAGGAGGGAUGGUUAUGACAAAUAAGAAUAUUCUAGUAGCUUGUUGUAUGAAAGCAAUACCACUUAUCAAGUAAACC